AUGAAUACUCAAGCUAGAACUUUACUUAUUCAAAAUGGAAUUGAUUUAUCAUCAUCACCACCUCAAGCCACUCUUGAUUAUCCAUCAUUCACUCGUAAAUUUGCAAUUAAUAAUUUAUGCCCAAAAACGAUUAGAAAAUCUAUUGUUUCUAGUCAUCAAAAUUUUGAUUGUGAUUCAUUGUUUUGGGCUAUCAUCAAUCAAAAAGAAACAUUAAAGAGUCUUCGUUUAAGAUUCGUAAACUUAAAUUUUGUUGAGAAGAAUUCAUCACCAAUUGGUCAAUUUAUUUCACUGCAAGAGCUUUCUAUUAUAGAAGACUCCGAAUUACAUAAAUCGGAUUGUUUAUUCUUGGCUUCAUCAUUUACUCAAUUAAUAGUUUUUCAUUAUUCUCGUAUAGGAUUUGCAGUUUAG